AUGUCAAUAAAUCGCGCGCAAUACGAUAGUAAAUGUUAUUGCAGCAGUGUUGCGUCGACAUGUUGCAGCAAUACCCAUGUAAAUUGCAUCAAGCGCAAAACAACUGGCAGCGGAAGUAUUUUCAGUGUUGCAAGCAAACGCGAUAAACAUAUUUCUAAUACAAGAACAGCGGCGAAGAAUAAACAAAAUACAGAUUUUGUUAAAAUAAAAAGAAAAACAACUCUGCCCGCCGAGGUCAACAAAAAUCGUCGCGGACUCGGUCAUACCAAUUUGCAUAGCACUACUAAUUUUAGUCGACGCAAUUCCGCCGCAACCACAGUAACAUUUUCCACGUCUUGCGCUACGCCAGCCUCGUUUCACAGCUCGAAUGCAACCGCGCCCUCGUUCGAAACACCGUCGCCGCCUCCACUGUCCACAUCUACAAACACAAUUUUAAAGAAUUUGCCCGUAAGUAUGUCAACGCUGGGCGAUAACUUCAGCGCGUUGAGCGUUUCGUCAAAAAGUGACCGCGACAGCGAUAGCGGCGACGCGCUGCCGCACGAAUACACCGAGCAACGACGCUACUACGAGAGCGCAAAGCAGUUAAUGAAGCUGAUAUCCGCACAGGGUGACAACUAUGCCACGCUGAAUCUUAUCAGCGGCAGCGGUGUUGACGGUAUUGCUGCCGCCGCUUGUGUGCGCGACGCGGACGUGAACGCGGAACGCUUGCGCCAAUUACAAGAAUUUCGUUUACAAAAUGCUGAAGACUGUUUUAGUGUACAUCGACGGUUAGAUUUACAUUUGCCGAUGCGUAAAAACACAUUGACACCCGGUGGAAUGGAGCAGCUGGUAUGUAAAUUACAACAGGAGACUUUAUCGUCGAUGCAGGGUAAGAUGGAGGGCUCAGGCACAAAAGGCAUAAAAAGCGCAGUGGUUAAGGAGAGCGCGAAGAAACCACAGCGUACUGUAAUUACUCCGUAUGCGGCGCGUCAAAGAUUAUUAAAACUACGCUUGGAAGCAGAGGAGUUGAAACGCACGAAACCUGGUCCUAAGUAUCGUCCAUUGGAAAAAAGUUGUGCAUUGCGUUAUCAGGAGACCUACUAA